AUGGCGCCCCCCGUCCCGCGGAGGUCGCCCCUGGGCCCCGCGACCCGCGUGGCGCGCGGCGCCGCCCCGGCCGCGCCGGCCCCCGACGCUGCCUGGGCCACCGCGCCUGAAGGCGUCGCCGCCGCCGCGACGGAGGAGCCGGCAGGUGCCGCCCCCCCCGCGCCCACGGAGCCUACCAGCACGGAGGAUGCGCCCGACGGAGGCGGCGGCUCCGAGCAGCCUGGCGGCGACGCCGAGCCGCCCGAGGCGGACGGCGACGAGCUGGAGGCGAUGCUCGAGGAUGGUCAGAAGUGGACCAUCUUCGAAGACGUCGACGACGAGGUGCAGUACCUGCGGCGGCGCGCGGAUGUGCUGCAGAAGGGCCUGGUCGCAUCGCGGGCGGAGGUGAGGAAGCUGCACGCAGCGGGCGCGGCGCUCCAGGACGCGUACGAGGGCCUGCAGGCGGAGCUGCGACAGGUGGUGGGCGACGCGGCCUACUGGCAGGCGCUCUCGGAGGCGUACGCCGAGGACCUGGCGGCCAUGCGCGGCGCCCCUGCGCCGGCAGCUGGCGCGGAGUGCCCGCCCGCCGCCUCCGCGCAGGAUGCUGCGCCUUCUCCGGCAACCGCUGCCGCAGAGCCCGCCGCGGCGCCGGAGCCCGCUUCGGCGCAGGGGGCGGCCGCCGCGCCUGCAGAGGUCGCCGUGCCUCCGGAACUGGCUGCCCCGAUGGUGGCUUCCAGCUCGCUGGAGGCCGCCGGAGCCGCCGCGCACGCGCGUCAGGAGGGCCCCGGCGCCGCCGACGACCGCUCGCGGCGCGAGGCGCUGCGCGCCGCGGCCGCGGAGGCGGCCGCGCACGUGGAGGCGUCGCGGUGGCGCCGCCUCGCGGAGCAGCGAGGGCAGGAGUUGGUGCUCAUGCGCACCGUCGGCUGCGCCAGCGCGUCGCCGACAGGCCGUGCCGCCUACCCCAGUGCUGGCGCUACCCUGCAGGACUUCGCCAGCGCGUCGUGCACGUCCUCCAGCACCAGCCUGCCGAGCGCAGGCCUGGCGAGCGGCGAGGGCGCCAGCGCCGACCAGCUCGCGCGGACGCCUCCGAGGUGCCACCCGCUCGAUCUCGGCGCGGUGCUCGGUGGCAGUCCGCCGGGCUCUGUGCGUUCAGCCAAGGCGCCCUCCAGCGCCGGCCGAUCUUCGACGGUGCUGGGGCUUCACCCCGGGCCGAGCUCGGCGGCUCUCUGCGGCUCCGCCUCGGCGCGGUCGCUGCGGUCGGAGCGCUCCUCCAGGAGCCCCUGCCCCGACGUGUCCGUGGGGGGCGUGAAGCGGGCGCUCUUCCAGCCCGCGAGCCGCUCCGGGUCCGGGCCGCGCCGGUUCGGCCCCGGCAGCGCGCCGAAGAGGUGUCCAGGGCUCGGAGCUCCGAUGCGCCGGGUGUCCUCGAGCGGCUCGCGGGCGAGCCUGGGGGGUGCCCGCGGCGACGGGCGCGCCGAGCUGGGCGGCGGCGGGCGCACCAGCCUGGGAGGAGCAGGCGGUCCCCGCCUCAGCGUGGGCGGCGGCGCCCCCACGCACGGGCAGCUGUAG